AUGGCGGUGGGUUUGGUGGCGGCGCGGAGAGCGGAAAGACUCGUGAGAGAAGAUGCCGAUGAGAAGUGUAAAUGGUGGGAUGAAUAUCCGAGGAGAAACUAUGUCGAACGAGCGCGAGCGCAAAACGCCUACAGCGAGUUUCUCGGAGAUGUUUUCUCAAAACCAAAGCGAUUGGGCCGUUCAGCGUCAUUGACGAAUUUGACGUAUGUCCGCGAAACGCCCACCGAAUUCCCUCGAUUGAAGAGAACUUCUUCAUAUUCAUCGCUUGCUCCAUCACUUUCCCUUCCACAGUAUGACCGGGAAGCUCAACGAAUCGUGCACACCGAGAAAGUUUACAAGCCACACUACAGUCAAUGGUACGCGAAUGCCUACGCGCCUGCUCGUUAUGGGGACGUUCACCGAGAAGUCGAGCGACCAUACCGAAAUGUGACCGCUGAUAUCCCUCGAUCACAGACGCAUGUCCCAUUUUUCACUUUCCAAGCAAAACGGAUUUUCCAUGAUCAGCGUGAAGCGUGGAAUAAAUCGUAUCUCCAUGGCUCACAGGCUUAUCUCGAUCGAUAUGUCUCAUCUCGCUUGAAAGCUGAUGAUUUUGCGAAUCGUUUUGCUUACAGUGCCUACGAGUGGAGAAAGCCGCAAGAUCAUGCUUUCAAUCGUCACUUCAUGUAUAAUCAUGGAGUUCAUGUCACCUUUGCCCCAGGAAUCCCGAAUUUCUACGAAAAGCAAGCUCUCCGUCGGGUGUACAAAGCAACCGGGCGAUUCUACUUC